AUGGCCCAAAUAGGUGCUGACGGUCUUAAUGGCGAUACACUGUUUGCCGUCAAUAAGGAGUACUUCGAUAAUUCCGUUCGAGAUUUAAGACCACUUGUGUUGGAACCGGAAGACGGUUUAGCCGGCGAUGGCAUAUCAGCUUUGGGUUGGAAUGUCAUGUCGUGGGGAGAAAAUUGGGACAUCACUUCUGAGCGGCCAGUUGUCAGCAGAAAUAAAUGGAUUGAGACGCGUCACCAGGUUCAUAUAUGCAACCGAUGGUCAAAAACCAAGAUCAGUAAUCUUCAGUUGGCAUUGUUUAAUGGCGUGGGUCUGGAGACGUGGGAAAACGUGUGGGGGAUAUGGAACCAAAUGACUGAUCGGGACUGUCAGGCCACCAAAAUGGUUGCAAAUAUAAUGAGAGAGUUUGCGCCAUUACUCACGAGUGACUUGUGGACACCAUUUUAUAAAACUGAGCAAGAUGCUAAUUUGAUAUUUGCGAGUCAAUGGCCGGGAACGGCAAAUACAAGCCUGACUUUGUGGACAUUAAUUAAUCGCUCGGAUAAAGACAGUAAUGGAUCGCAAUUAGAGGUGAAACACAACGACAAUCAUAAGUAUUAUGAUCUAUGGCACGGAAUUGAGCUAGUUCCU